AACUCUGAAAUUGAAAUCCAAAUGUAACAAAAAUCUCCGAUUCAUUCUUCAAUGGACUUCUCAAAGCUCCAAUCCAGAGUUAACACUCCCUACAUUCCUCCUCACCGUACGCAGCUACACCCUCGCGUGCACCAUCCAAAUCCAAAUCCCAAUUCCAAUUUCAAAGUCACCAGCAACAGAAACAAACUCCUCCUCCUAUUAGCGUCUCUCUUCACAAUCCCCUCCCUUUAUUGCCUUUUCUCCACUGCCCGAAAACUCCACCAAUCUGCUAAAUUCGUGGAGCCCAAUGUGCAAUUUUACGGCAUUGUCAUCGAUUCGGGCCUCGCCACCGCCCGCCUUCGUGUUUUUAAGUUCCUUGGCGACGGACAGAUGCCGUUUGUUGAUUCCACUGAGGCCAGAGGGGAUUUAGACCGUUCGAUUCAAGUAUUGGUUGGCUUUGCCAAAAAGAGGGUGCCCAAGAAGGAGUGGGCUAGCACUAGGGUGCAGUUGAUGCUGAAUAAUGCGGCGGAAGAUCGGGUUCUGGAACAAUGUCGCCGGGUUUUGAGAGCCUCUGGUUUUGCUUUUAAGGACGCUUGGUCCCGUGUUCUUGAAGGGCAAGAAAAAGGUAUGUAUGCCUGGAUUGCUACAAACUAUGCUCUUGGAACCCUGGGAGGUGAGCCUCAAGAGACCAUUGGGAUAGUUGAACUUGGUGGGACUUCUUUGCAGGUUACAUUUGCUAUGAGAGAAUCUUCACUAGCACAAUCUGCACAAAUGAUCAGAUUUGCUGGAGUUACUUAUGAUCUUCACACACAAAGUUUGCCGCAAUUUGGUCAGGAGGCAGCUUGGAAAUUGUUGUACGAGCUGCAGAAUUCCACAGAGUUGAAAUCUUUUUCAAGUUCCAGAGUACGUUCUAACAACCCUUGCAUCCCUAGAGGCUAUGAGCUGACAUCGAGUUCCAGUGAUAGGAAACUUCUUAAAUCUCAUGCUGCUGGAAACUUUUCUGCUUGUAGAUUUGAAGCUCUGGCUUUGUUGACGAGAGGACAAGAUAAAUGCUUGCAUCCGCCUUGUCAAAUUCUCUCAUCCUUCUUCUCCAGCUUACAAGACCAGACCACUUCACCAGAAAAUUUCUUCUAUAGUUCUGAGGUAGUUGCUAUUUUUGGAAUUUUUAACACAUUUGAGCUUCGUCAGCUUUUUGGGCUGGUUCCUAGGACUUCUUUGUUUGAACUGGAGGCAUUUGGAAAACAUUAUUGCGAAAAUGAUUGGGGUAUACUGAAAAAUCAACAUCGUGGCAUUGAUGAUUUGGAUUUGUUAAGAUACUGUUUCUUUUCUGCAUUUACGGUGGCACUGUUGCAUGACAGUCUUGGAAUCCCUUUGCAUGAUAAAAGAAUUGGAUUUGUAAACCAUACCGAGAAGAAUCCCCUUGAUUGGACUCUUGGAGCAUUCAUCUUCCAGUCAAAGCUGCAGUCCCUUGAACUGGAACGUGAGAAGCUGGACCAGGUUGUAGGAAAUGAGUCACUAACAUACUUCUCAUUGUUUGCUUUUCUGUUAAUAGUAUUACUUAGUGCUAUUUUUGUACUGCAAUGGCGAAAACCACAGAUAAAAACAAUAUACGAUCUUGAGAAAGGGCACUAUAUUGUUACCCGAGUGCCCAGAUAA